AUGUAUUAUGUGUUCAAAGUGGCAUAUAGGCCCGACGGGCCGGGUAUCUCUAACGAUGAGGAAUACUCACUGGUCCGUGAGAUGAUGGACGACGAGAAAGAGAAGACGCUGACUCUACGCCGAGACAAGUCCAUCGCCAAGGACCAGAAGAAACUCUACGAGAUGAGAAAGAAACUCCGCACGGAUGACGAAUUGGAGUGGUUGGACCAUUCACGGACCCUGAGGGAACAGGGGGUGUUGGACGUGGACACACUACUGCUGAGGAGGAAGUUCUUUUUCUCCGACCGAAACGUUGACCAGCGUGACCCUGUACAACUCAAUCUGCUAUAA